GCAAAGUUUAGGAAAAGAAUCCAAAAGUCUCAAAAUCAGGAAAAGGAUCCAGAAGCUGUUGUGCUGUUCUGUCGUAAAAUACUUAAAAGUCUCCCUAAUGUUCUGCAGGAUGAAUAUAUUCUUAGCUCUAAUCUCAGUAGCAUCUUUAUACCUUUCGGCAACUGCAUAUACCCAUAAUAGAGCUCCUUCGGAACACCAGGAAACCGUAAUUCCUCGCAGUCCCAUCGUGUAUAAAAUAGAGCUAGAGAAAGAGGGUACUCGGCAGUGCCAAAAGAAUUGGGUAUGUGCAGAGAUAAUAUACGACCGCUAUGAUACGCUACCUAUGAAACGCCUCGAACAAAGAAGAUGCCACUGUUCAGAAGGCACGGAAUGCUGGUAUGUCUCGGACAUUAAAGACUGUCCUAAUUACUGGUGUCAAGUUCGCAGGGAAUAUCUUUAUCGAAAGGGAGAAUCUUCACUUCAGUUUGCUUGCCUAGAAGUGACGUGCGAAAGUAUUCAGAGUCAGAAGAAUAACACCCAGAAAGAAACUACUUUUAAUAUAACAGCUCUUUAUCAGAACAAAACGAAACAUAUAAAUAAUGAAAUUAAUUAUAUAGCUAAUGAAACAGACCAUACAAACAAUGAAACUAUUCAACCUAACAAUGACCUCACGAAUAUGACAUCUCUCUCACGAAAUAAAACAUCUUGCUUUAGUGAAGAAGAAACUGAGCUUGAAAACAUAACAGCUCAGUAUGAGAAUGAAACAGUUCAACCUGAAGAUGAACCAACUCCCUUGACAGUAAGACAUCUCGAAUGGAGGAUAAAAAUAUUUAUUCAGAAAAUGAAAAAGUCCAUCGUAGAAAUGAAGCGGCUUAUCUGGAAAAGAAGAGAAAGAACGUGCCAGCUUGAAAACGAAACACCUCAGCUCAACAGUCAAACAACUCAACUUGGAAAAGAAACAGCUACCUCUGUUGCAAAUGAAAUGCUAGAUCUGGCUAAUAGAACCAAAGAACUCGUUUCGCGAAUGAGAGAUUUCAGCGCGGUCGUGACGAAGCGUAUUGAGAUAAAAAGAAAGAAAACAUAUUUGAUUUUUAAUAAUGAAAACACAAGAAACAUAUACAAAAGAUGAUAUAUAUUAUAUUCACCUCGAAUUACGCUUUUUAGUUAUGUUAUUUAAUUAUCAAUUUUUGGUGGUUAGUGCUAUUUCAUGAAAAUUAGUGUUAAACAGAUUCA